UUCACUCUCUCUCACACACCGCCUUCAAAUGUUUGGGCAAUUAUUUCUCGGAGAGUAACCAAUCAGGUCGAUAUGACACAUCAAACAAAGCAGAACUUCUGCAGAAUUAAAGGAAUUCAUUUGGAGUGCAUGUCAAUAAAUUUCUUUGUACAAUAUGGUACAUUCUAUAAAAGAGGUGGAAAAAGUUUUUAAAGAGGCGCUGGAGGAAAUCUCUACGGAUGGGUUGGAAAAAAUCUCUACAGAUCAGGGUGUCUUUGUAGAUGAGCUGGAGCGAGUUUCUACAGAGGAUUUAGAGGCUAUAUUUGCGGACGAAUUGGAAGCAGUCUUAACCGAUGAGCUGCAGAAAGUCUUCAGCAAUAAGCUGGAGGGAGUUGGCGUAGAAGAACUGGAGAAAAUCUUUUUGGACAAAAUAGAGCACGUUUUUGUUGAUAAUCUGGAGGGAAUCUUUAGAGACGUGUUAAGGGGAAUAUUUACGGAGAAACUGGAGGAAGUUUUCAGUGACAAGCUGGAAGGUGACUUCCCCGACAAGCUGAAGAAUGGCGCUUUGGAUAAACUGAAAGGAGCCCUUAUUGAUAAGCUGAAAGAUGCUCUUACAGACAAGCAGAAGCGGGAAUUUAUCCGUAAACGAAGACAAGGUUAGAAAAGGAAGGCUGUUUAAAAUUAUUUUUUCCCAAGGAUGCCGUACCAUAUGCUCUCGCCUGAAUUUAGAAUUUAUUUUUAUCUUUUUUAAAACCCUUACCAUAAUGUGGAGGGUAUAUUAAGUUUUGUAGUUCCAUUUGUAACAACUCGAAAUAAAAUUUUUGGUUCCCCAAAAAGUGUAUAUAUUCUUGAUCUGCAUCAAAUUCUAGGACAAUGGUGGAGGGUAUUAGAAGUUCGGCCCGGUCGAACUUGUCUUCUUUUUCUCUGAUUCAUCAAAAAUUCAAAAUUAUUUAAAAAAUCACAAAUUCUCUGUCUAAAUUGACUUUAAAAUGGGAAUUCACUCAGACUCAUUCAUCCAAACGGUUCGAUGACGACACCCUCACAAUCUAAGACAUUUGCCAUAAUUCGUUUUUGAUGCUUGUGUAAACAAAGUAAUAAACAUUAAAAAUUAACACAUGUU